GGGGAGCUGGGCUGCAGACAGAGCUGCUGCUGCCUGCUUUAGCUAUCGCUCACAGUCUUCUCGUGGCUGAGGAAAACUACAGCCUGCCAAGAUGUGCAAAGGAUUAGCAGCGCUGCCCCACACGUGCCUGGAGAGGGCCAAGGAGAUCAAGACCAAGCUGGGCACACUGCUCCAGAAGCCUGACUCGGCCAUUGACUUCAUCAUCCCCUACCCAGAGAAGCCACCCAAGGCCCAGAAGCCAUCACCGGGGGAGGCUCUGCAGUGGCGCGAUUCACUGGAGAAGCUCCUGCAAGACCCCUAUGGGCUCACCAGCUUCCACAGCUUCCUGCGCUCCGAGUUCAGUGAGGAGAACGCCGAGUUUUGGGUGGCCUGCGAGGACUACAAGAAAACCAAGUCCCCUGUGAAGAUGGUGGAGAAGGCCAAGAAGAUCUAUGAGGAGUUCAUCCAGACCGAGGCACCCAAAGAGGUGAACAUCGACCACUUCACCAAGGAUGUGACCAUGAAGAACCUGGUGGAGCCAUCACCAAGCAGCUUUGACAUGGCCCAGAAGAGGAUCUUUGCCCUGAUGGAGAAAGACUCCCUGCCCAGAUUUGUGCAGUCGGAGUUUUAUCAGGAGUUAAUCAAGUAGCAAUGUGGCAGGGCUGUGCGAGGCAUUCCCCGCGGGUGGUCCCACUGCUUCUGUCUGAACACCUGCCCCUUCUCCUGCAACUGCUUUGCUUUCUUGAUACCACCCUAAAAGAGCACCCAGGGGCGUUGCUAAACAUCUCCCCCCGUGCUUUGGAUUGUCAGAUGGACUGAUGUCUCCUCUCUAACAGUCUCUUUCCUCUCCCACAAAAGACCAAUUAGCAGAAACCCCUGGUGAUCCUCCCUGGGCUUGGGACCCAGAAGGGCGGUGGAGCAGCCCCAGCCCUGCAGCAACCAGGAGCCACUUGGGCAGCCAGCGCAUCACUGGCACUGUGGGGCUCGGCUUUAAUCAGAGGCUCUGAGGUGCUGGCUCUGCCUUCUUAGGACUUCUUAGGACAUUACAAUAUUUCUCCCAGUUUUGCCCGUAUCGCUGGUUCGCCCCAGGCUCCCUCCCUCCUCCCAGCUUCCCAGGGUGUUGCUGAGGCUGCAUAGGGUACCCUAUGCGUGCUCCCCUCCCUGGCCAAGUCCAGCAUGCCCGCAGCCCUGGGGUGCAGGGUGGGGCAUGUCCACUGUGGGAUCGGCAUCACCUUGUCUUCAGAAAGCAGCCAGCCGUUCAGCAGGCACAGUGAUGGCUGUACGGCAGGGUCGGCUGUAUGGCAGCGAUGGCUGUAUGGCAGGGACAGUGGUACGGCAGAUCUGGGAGCGGCACGGCCGCGCGCCGCAGGGUGUGCCUGGCUGGCAUGAGGGGUGGGCAGAGCGAGCCUGCAGCACCGCUUCCCCAGUGACUCCACUUGGAGUCAGCUGUGAGACAGCCUGUUUGCUUCACACUAAAGACAGUAAAGAGGAUAAAACGAGAUCUGUUUGUUCAAAACACCGGGACUGUUUAGCAACCCAGACCUCCCGCUCGCUCCAACCACUUGCAUGACAUACUGAGCUCACAAUCUGCAGCCUGUGCCCGUGUCCCCAGUGCCUACGUGCAGCCCUCAGCAGUGCUAGUGGCUGGUGGUGUGCUUGGAUUGCAGCUUCGAGUGUUGCUGCAGUUGUUUCUUGCUCCAGUUGCUUCUCUCUGCAGUAGGCACGCCAAAGCGAUACUUCUGCACAAACUCAAUCGAGGGGCGUCGAUUAGACGAGGGAGGAAAAUCAUGCUGAAGGAAAAAAAGCUGCUAAUUGCAACUGUUCAGAUCCAAUU